AUGUUUCUUUUUUGUUUCAGGGGCGUAAUAGAUGCCGAAGAUCAAUUUAUGUCGACAGCCAUUUUGGCAGCAAUGCGAAGUAGAGAUCCCAAGUUUCAAGUUGGUGCAUGUAUAGUAAACAAGGAUAAUGUUAUUGUUGGCAUAGGAUACAAUGGAAUGCCAGGAGGUCGAGAUGAUGCAUUCUCAUGGGGAAAGGACAAAAAUGAGUAUGUGAGUACAAAAGGUAAGAUACCUCCGAAAAGUAACGUAUGGAAAUAUUUUGAUAAAACAAAUAAGGAAUACUCCAUUUGUAAUUUGUGUAAUAAGAAAAUUAAGACUUGUGGAAACACGUCAAAUCUAAGAUGUCACAUUAAAUCUAUACAUAAUAAAGAAGUAUUUAAAGUGCAAUCUCCUCCACAGGAUGUUGGCGAUCAACAAAGCCGUCAAAGUGACAGUGAAUCUGCUGUUACUGCUGAUAGUAGCAAUGUAGUAUCUAGAUCUAGUUUUUGCUCUUUAGCCUCAACCUCAAGUACAACUAAUAAUCUUGAAAUCGAUCCUGAUGAAAAUACUAAUUUAAUAUGCAGCGAAAUAAGUAAAGAAGGAAGUAAAAGAAAAGCGAAAUUGCAGAGUUUUAAGCGACAGUGCACAGUAAAGGAAACUUUUGCGAAUUUCUCGUCUUAUAGAGAGGGAGGAAACAAAUAUAAUAAAAUUACAAAUAAUAUAUUAUAUAUGAUUUGUUGAGGUGCCGACGAGGUGGAAUUCUACAUAUAUCAUGAUAGAAAGGUUUUUGAGUUAAAAGAUAACAUAAAUAAUUUACUGAAUAAGCAUAUUUCUGCUCCUUUAAUGGUCAUAGCGCUGGAAAUUAAAGAAUUAGAGUGGAUCAAACAUAUAUUACAUCCAUUAUUAUUAGCCACAAAUGAAAUUUCUGGCCAAAAAUGCAUUACUUCUAGUACCGUUAUUCCAGUAAUUUACAAUUUAAAAGAAAAUAUUAAUAAAGCUAUCAAAACUACGGCUAAUAUGGAAGGACUGAGUAUUGCAAGAGCUUUAAAAACUGCAUUAUUAAAAGAAAUAGAUAAGCGUUUUGGCUCAGCUGAAGUUCAUACCCUAGCAAUGGCUACUGUGUUAGACCCAAGGUUUAAAAAAAUUUAUUUCCUAGACCCAAGAUGCUGCGCAAAAGCUAUCGAGUUCGUUAAUGCAGAGAUAUUCGAUAUUACAUUUGAUCUGGUUACAAGCAAGAAUGGGUGA